GUACUUCUUACUUAUUCAAUAAUUAGAUGACAAAGUUAAGAAAGCUGUAUGCAAAACGUGAAAAUCGGAUCAGCCGAUACUUGUGUUAACCCAUUUCUCAAGAAAAAUAGACAGCUUUGAUCAAUAACGGCGUCAACGUUGGAAAGGAGGACAUUGAAUUUGUACAAGUUAACCUGGGGAAACUACGAAAUCAUCAUGGUGACCUCUACAAGACUUCGAGAAAUUGAGAUCGACAAGCCAAGUCAUACCGAACAAUUGGCAAAUUGGAUUAGUAGAGUUCGCUGUAAAAAGUUGCUGUGCCGUCGAAAUCGCAAACGCGAUUUACGGAUUGAAGCAGUCCUGACGUGUGCUCUUUACAAAGCAGAGCACGAAUUACGCAGCAAGCAGUUAUCUAGAAUUUCGAAGUGGCAGCAAUUUAAAAAGCAGUUUUUGAAGACUGCAGAUUAUCAAAACUGUGAAUUCUACAAUAACGAAGACAUGAGAAAUUCAAACUAUCAAGAAAACAAUCCCUGGCAAGGACCAUUGUGCCCUGAAUUGAGUAGUUUGGACAAUUUCAUGUCUAAAUUAGCGGAAAUUAAAGUACCAUUGCAGCGAUGAAGAGAUGGAAAAAAGCAACCAGGUUUGAAAAACCUA